AUGUCGAAAGGAAGCAAUAAUGAACCGGUGCCGACAAGCACCGAACAAAUGAAAGAGAUAAUUGCCGAGGAAGUAGGAAAGGCAAUUGAAGGCAGUCUAUCUGGGUUUAUAGACAAGAUUCAAGGUACGGUGUUGUCACUCGUAGAAGAACGAGUUAAAAGGUUGGAGGAUACGGUCAACCUUAUGAAAGACAAAACUGGAGAACGUAAAGGGUGCUCAUACAAAGAAUUCAUGGCGUGUGACUUUGUCGCUUACGGAACGGGUCAAUUGAGAAACCAAGCCAAGGAUUGGUGGGAUAACAAGAAGAAGGAAAUGGGAGCCGAAGCGGCGAGGGUGAUGACUUGGGACGAGUUUAAGGUGCCAUUCCUUAAACACCACAGUCCCAAAGCGGUUAUUAACAGAAUCAAAGAAGAAUUCAUCCAGCUGAGACAAAAGGGUGAGACAAUCGAUAAGAUCACGGGUAUCUUCCUGGAUAAGCUCAGAUUUUGUGACGAGUUAGUCACCACUGAAGAACAAAAGAUAUAUUACUAUUACAACAUGCUGAGUGCUGAAUACCGGGAAUUUAUGACUCCGUCAAAAUACGAGACCCUCACGGAGAUUAUCAACACCGCCCGGGAACGUGAAAUCGAGUUAAAGAAACAAGUGGAAAGAGGUGAGCGAAGGGCACACGAUGUAAAUCCAAGCCCUACAAAGAAGGCCCGAACGGGAGAAUCGGGAAAGAAGGUGGAUGCUAAGGGUGGGUCGCCAAAUUGUAAAGUCUGCGGGAAAGGACACAAGGGGGAAUGUCGAUUCAAAGACAAGCCAUGCCCCAUAUGUAAUAAGACGGGGCACACGGCCUCGCUAUGCCCGGGAAAAGUAUCAGUUUGCUACAAUUGCUAUCAACCCGGCCAUAAGAAGUCCGAAUGCCCGGACUUAGUCGGAAAGAAAGACGUGAAGGAGUCUCCAGCAGAAGCCCCCAAAGCAAAGGCUAGGUCCUUCCAACUUACCGCGGCUGAAGCGAAAACAGAACCCGAUGUGGUUUCAGAGGUUGAAGUAGGGGACAAUAAAAGUUUUAUAGUUUGUGAUGUCUGUCGAGGCUGCAAAUUAAGCAUCGACGAUGAGGAAUACUUGAUAGACUUAAUCCCGAUGUCAAUGGGGGAAUUUCAAGUAGUCGUCGGGAUGGGUUGGCUAGCCCAGCACCAUGCAAAAGUCGUGUGUUUCCGCAAGGAGAUAAAAUUAACAUCUCCGAGCGGGAAACACGUUACCAUUUAUGGCGAAAGAGGAGGUAACCCCAUAGUGUGCUCAAUGAUGAAAGCUCACAAGCUUAUGAAGCGAGGAUGCAAGGCGUUCAUGAUAUACGCAAACGAGCCUGAGAAAGAAUCACGGAAGAUUGAAGAUGUACCGGUAGUAAGAGACUUUCAAGAUGUAUUUCCGGAGGAUUUACCGGGAAUACCGCCUGAACGGGAAGUAGAGUUCGGAAUCGAAUUGAUUCCGGGUGCAAAACCCGUGGCCAAAGCUCCAUACCGACUCGCACCAUCGGAGUUACAAGAAUUGAUGUCCCAAAUCCAAGACUUGCUUGAUAAGGGGUUCAUUAGGCCGAGUGUGUCUCCUUGGGGCGCACCGGUGUUGUUCGUCAGAAAGAAAGACGGAAGCAUGCUGAAGCUGAACACGCAAACCACUUACGAGAAGUGUUAG